AUGACCGGCACCUCAGAAGCAGCCCCCUUGAAGAUUUUAGUGGUUGGAGCAGGCAUUGGAGGGUUGACUGCAGCUUUGGGCCUCCGUCAACAGGGCCAUGAAGUGACGUUGUUUGAACGUUCCCAUUUAGCCAAGGAAACUGGAGCAGCUAUUCAUCUCGCCCCGAACUGUCAUGGCAUCCUCAGGAGGUUCGGAGUUUUCCCCGAAACCUUUGGAGCAAACCCAGUCAAUGGAGUAACGGAAUAUGAUGCUGCUGGAAAACUCAAAUUUGACAAUGACCUGUCAAAGGCCCUUCGCAUUUGGCAGCAUCCCUGGGUGCUGUCUCAUCGUGUUCAGCUACAUGAAGACCUAAAGAAGCUUGCUGUAUCCUCUGAAGGCUUAGGCACACCGGCUGUCCUUCAAACAUCAAGCCAGGUUGUGGAUGUUGAUCCAUCGACUGCCACAGUCAAGCUUGCCGACGGAACAUCAAUCUCUGGGGACCUAGUCUUAGGUGCAGAUGGCGUCAGCUCAAUCACACGACAAAUUGUUGUUGGACCAGGUGUCAAGCCCUAUGGGUCGGGAAAGAGUGCUUUCAGGUUCAUGAUUCCCUGCGAAAAGAUUGGAAAGAACCCAAUCACCAAGGAAUUUCUAGAUCGACAGGGCUAUCUGACUAUGUGGAUGGGUGACGACAGGAGACUGAUCAUGUAUCCUUGCUCCAACAACACCGUGAUGAAUUUUGUGGGCAUCCACCCGAGCGAAAUUUCUGCUGCUGCCUCCAAAGGAGAUGGUUGGGGCCAAGGGGGAAGCAAGGAACUACUCCUCGAUGUGUACAAGGGCUUUGAACAAAGGGUUCGAUCCCUUUUGGAGUUGGUUGAUAGCAGCGAGCUCAAGGUCUGGACUCUUCUUGACAUGGAGCGCAUUCCGACUUGGCACAAGGAGCGACUAGUCCUGCUAGGAGAUGCCGCACAUCCGUUUUUACCUCAUCAAGGACAAGGAGGUGGCAUUGCUAUUGAAGACGCGGCGUCCUUGUGCGCACUGCUCCCACGGGGCACCCGUAGGGAAGAUAUUGCAGAUCGACUUGCUCUUUAUGAGAAACUUCGUGACCACAGGGCUCACAAGGUUCAAGAGUUUACUCGACAGGCCGGCAUGGAUCUCAACGAUGAGAACCGCGGCGACUUCAACAUCAUGGAGUUCAUGGGCUAUAAUUUUGGCCAUGACGAGUGGCACAACUCGACACGGGCACUGAAGGAGCUCCUGUGGUCUCGGAAUGGCGGUGUUUACUGGCGGUCCCCUGUUUCCUUUGGGCCCAUGCCCAGCCCACGCCAGGAUCACUAUGGGCGUCCAAUCCCCACUCAAGAUUCGCGAUUCACGACCUACAAACUUCGGUUUAAGACUUCUGCCACGCAUCUCAAGACCCUGCUACCGACACCUGCAUUCAGCUUCUACCAGCCGGGAACCAUUGCCGAAGCCAGCUUUCAAUGUACCGAGCUCAAGGACCUCAAGUGGCUUGGUGGAGGUGGCUACAAUUUCUUUGGCCUCUGGAUCCACGGUGUACAGUAUGAGAAGAAGGAUGGGAGCAAGCUCCGCGGUUCGUUCCUUGCAGUCCUUCUUGAGUCUCUGACCGACCCUAUCGUUACUGGCCGAGAGGAAUUGGGCAUGCCAAAGAUCUACUGCGACAUUGAUGUUGAGAAGCAAGGUUCCACUGCCAGCAUCCGAUGCAGCUGGAGAGGCGCAACCUUUGUCGAGAUGGCCUUGGAUGGUCUCGGGAAAGAGGCAAACGUAUUGACCAACGGAGCAAUCGGCAAUCCCCCUCCCCCAGAUGAAGGACUCUUGGUCUACAGAUACGUGCCGGCCGUUGGAAAUCCCGGAGUCGCAGAUGCAGCUUACCCAGUGUUUCUCCAGAAUGGGCUGGCGAACAACCCGCCAGAGGUUGACAAGGUGACUGUUGGCAGUGGAGGGCGGCUCGCCUUUACGGAAGGAAACUGGGAGAAUCUGCCAACUCUUCACCAUAUUGCCGCUGGAUUCUCGGAGAUACCGGUUUAUGACAUUGUUGAGAGCAAGGUGGAGGAGGGACACGGUGUUGAUGAUCUCGCGCAUGCAAGGCGGGUUGAGUAG